AUGACUGAACACAGCAAUUUGCCUGCACACUUCUUGGGUGGCAACUCGCUCGACAAGGCUCCUCAAGGUCCUGUUCGUGACUUUGUUCAAGCACAAGAAGGUCAUACCGUGAUCAGCAAAGUGCUGAUUGCCAACAACGGUAUGGCUGCAAUGAAAGAGAUCCGUUCCGUCCGUAAGUGGGCCUAUGAAACCUUUGGUAACGAACGUGCCAUCGAGUUCACCGUCAUGGCAACUCCCGAGGAUUUGAAGGGUAAUGCGGAAUACAUCCGUAUGGCUGAUAACUAUGUCGAGGUGCCUGGUGGUUCCAACAAUAACAAUUAUGCCAACGUCGAACUCAUUGUCGAUGUCGCUGAACGUACUGGUGUACAUGCUGUCUGGGCUGGUUGGGGUCACGCUUCCGAGAAUCCUCGCUUACCUGAAAUGCUUGCGAAAUCCAAAUACAGAUGUGUAUUCAUCGGUCCCCCAGCCUCGGCUAUGCGUUCGCUGGGUGACAAAAUUUCAUCCACCAUUGUCGCACAAAGUGCCCAAGUCCCCACUAUGGGGUGGAGCGGUGAUGGAAUCUCGAAAACAGUGACAGACGAGAAUGGCCACGUCGUCGUACCGGACGAUGUGUACGAAGAAGCCUGUGUCAAGACCGCCGAACAAGGUCUCAAGGCCGCGGAAAAGAUCGGUUUCCCUGUCAUGAUCAAGGCCUCCGAAGGUGGUGGUGGUAAAGGUAUUCGUAUGGUCAAGGAAGCUUCCGCUUUCAGCCAGGCCUUUGCCCAGGUCCAGGGUGAAAUUCCCGGUUCUCCUAUCUUUAUCAUGAAGCUCGCUGGUAACGCUCGCCACUUGGAAGUUCAGCUGUUGGCCGAUCAGUACGGUAACGCCAUCAGUUUGUUCGGUCGUGAUUGUUCCGUUCAGCGUCGUCAUCAAAAGAUCAUUGAAGAAGCUCCCGUCACUAUUGCCAAGCCCGAUGUGUUUGAGCAGAUGGAAAAGGCCGCCGUGCGUUUGGGUAAGCUCGUCGGUUACGUCUCGGCCGGUACCGUCGAAUAUCUGUACAGCCAUCACGAUGAGAAGUUCUAUUUCCUGGAAUUGAAUCCCAGAUUGCAAGUCGAACAUCCUACCACCGAAAUGGUCUCCGGAGUCAACUUGCCCGCUGCUCAGUUGCAGAUCGCCAUGGGUAUUCCUCUUCAUCGUAUUCGCGAUAUCCGUGUCCUUUACGGUGUGCAGGCCAACAGUGCUUCCCCUAUCGAUUUUGAUUUCACUCAUCCUACCGCUUUGGAGAGCCAUCGUCGUCCUGUCCCCAAGGGUCACGUCAUUGCUGUGCGUAUUACCGCCGAAAAUCCUGAUGCUGGUUUCAAGCCUUCUUCCGGUACCAUGCAAGAACUCAAUUUCCGUUCAAGUACCAAUGUGUGGGGUUACUUCUCGGUCGUGUCUUCCGGUGGUCUGCACGAAUAUGCCGAUUCGCAGUUUGGUCACAUCUUCUCUUACGGUGAAAACCGUCAGCAAGCCCGCAAGAACAUGGUGAUUGCUUUGAAGGAAUUGUCCAUUCGUGGUGAUUUCCGUACCACCGUUGAAUACAUCAUUCGUCUUUUGGAAACCCCCGAUUUCGAGGAAAACACCAUCAAUACCGGUUGGUUGGACAUGUUGAUCUCCAAGAAAUUGACGGCUGAACGCCCCGAUACCAUGUUGGCCGUGUUCUGCGGUGCCGUCACCAAGGCUCACAGCAUGUCCGUGGAAUGCUGGCAACAGUACAAGCUGUCGCUCGAAAAGGGUCAGGUCCCCAGCAAGGAAAGUCUCAAGACCGUGUUCAGCGUCGAUUUCAUCUACGAAAAUGUGCGUUACAACUUCACCGUCACUCGUUCGGCUCCCGGUAUCUAUACCUUGUACUUGAACGGUACCAAGACCCAGGUGGGCAUCCGCGAUUUGUCCGAUGGCGGUCUUUUGGUUUCUCUGGGUGGCAAGUCCCAUACCACUUACUCUCGCGAAGAAGUGCAAGCCACGCGUUUGAUGAUUGACGGCAAGACCUGUCUUUUGGAAAAGGAAAGCGAUCCUACUCAGUUGAGAAGCCCUUCGCCCGGUAAAUUGGUGAGCCUUUUGCUUGAAAACGGUGAUCACGUCAAGGGUGGUGAGGCUUAUGCUGAAAUUGAGGUCAUGAAAAUGUACAUGCCUUUGCUCGCUGCCGAAGACGGUCACGUUCAGUUCAUCAAGCAAGUCGGUGCUACCUUGGAAGCUGGCGAUAUCAUUGGUAUCUUGUCUCUUGAUGAUCCCAGCCGCGUGAAGCACGCUUUGCCUUUCACUGGCCAGGUCCCCGUUUUUGGUCCUCCUCACAUUCGUGGUGAAAAGCCUAUCCAGCGUUUCCAUUCUACCAAAGCCAUCUUGGAACACCUCUUGCAAGGCUACGACAACCAGGCUUUGGUUCAGACCGUGGUCAAGGAGCUCACUGAAAUCUUGCGCAAUCCCGAGUUGCCCUAUUCUGAAAUGACCGCUUUGAUGUCCGUCUUAUCUGCUCGUAUCCCUCAACGUUUGUGGCAGAGCCUUCACGACAAGCAAAGCGAAUCUUAUGCUGCCAAGAAGGAAUUCCCUGCAGCUGAACUCAAGGAGAUGAUCGAUGCUUUUGCUCGUCAACAUAUUACCACUCAGGCAGAAGCCACAGCUUACAAGAACUCGGUGGCGCCUCUCGUGGAAUGCCUCGAUCGUUACGUCGGCGGUUUGAAACAGCACGAAUACUCUGUGUAUGUCGACUUGAUGGAACAGUACUAUGAUGUCGAAAUUCUGUUCAGCGGUCAACAACGUGAGGAAGAAGUCAUCCUGUCUCUGCGUGAUCAAAACAAGGAUGAUUUGGAAAAGGUCGUGUCGAUCAUCUUAUCUCAUGCCAAGGUCAACAUCAAGAACAACUUGAUCAUGAUGCUCCUCGAUAUCGUCUAUCCUUCGCCCAACAGCGCCUUGGACCGAUUCUUCACCCCUAUUCUCAAGCGUUUGUCCGAAAUUGACAGCCGUGCUACUCAAAAGGUGGCCUUGAAGGCUCGUGAAUUCUUGAUUCUCUGCCAGUUGCCUUCGUACGAAGAACGUCAGGCUCAGAUGUACCAGAUCCUCAAGAGCUCCGUCACCGAAAGCGUGUAUGGUGGAGGCAGCGAAUACCGCACUCCCAGCUUGGAUGCCUUUAAGGAUUUGAUCGAUACCAAGUUCAACGUUUUCGAUGUAUUGCCCAGCUUCUUCUAUCACGAAGAUCCUUAUAUCGCUUUGGCGGCUAUUGAAGUGUACUGCCGUCGUUCGUACCACGCUUACAAGAUCUUGGAUGUCGCCUACAACUUGGAACGCGAACCCUACAUUGUGGCCUGGAAGUUCUUGUUGCAGACCGCUGCCCACGGUUUGGAUUCCAGCAAGCGUAUCGCUUCCUACUCUGAUCUUACCUUCUUGUUGAACAAGACCGAAGAAGAGCCUAUCCGUACCGGUGCCAUGACGGCUUGCCGAUCCCUUGAAGAAUUGGAGGCCGAACUUCCCCGUAUCUUGACCGCUUUUGAAGAAGAGGAGUUGCCUCCCAUGAUGCAACGUCAGGCUCCUCCCAAGGAAACUCGCAUGGAGAAUAUUCUCAACGUGGCUGUUCAUGCUGCCGCUGACAGCGAGGAUGCUCACUGGCGUACCAAGAUUGCCGAGAUCAUUGAUGCUCACACCGAAGCUUUCCGCAAGGCCCAUCUUCGCCGUAUCUCCAUUGUGGUGUGCCGUCCUAACCAGUGGCCCGAUUACUACACCUUCCGUGAACGUCAGAACUACAAGGAAGACGAAACCAUCCGUCAUAUUGAACCUGCCAUGGCUUAUCAGCUUGAAUUGGCGCGUUUGUCCAACUUUGAUAUCAAGCCUUGCUUCAUCGAGAACCGACAGAUGCACGUCUACUAUGCUGUGGCCAAGGAAAAUCCUUCCGACUGCCGUUUCUUCAUCCGUGCGUUGGUGCGUCCCGGUCGUGUGAAGAACUCGAUGCGUACGGCCGAUUACUUGAUCUCGGAAAGUGAUCGUUUGUUGACCGAUAUUUUGGAUACCCUUGAAAUCGUCAGCCACGAGUACAAGAAUUCCGACUGCAAUCACUUGUUCAUCAACUUCAUCCCUACCUUUGCCAUCGAAGCCGAUGAAGUCGAGCAUGCCUUGAAGGACUUUGUCGAUCGUCACGGCAAGCGUCUUUGGAAGCUUCGUGUGACCGGUGCCGAAAUUCGUUUCAACAUUCAGUCCAAGCGUCCUGAUGCUCCCAUCAUUCCUUUGCGUUUCACCGUCGAUAACGUGUCUGGUUUCAUCCUCAAGGUCGAUGUCUACCAGGAAGUCAAGACUGAAAAGAACGGAUGGGUGCUCAAGUCCGUGGGCAAGAUUCCCGGUUCCAUGCAUAUGCAAUCGCUGUCGUCGCCUUAUCCUACCAAGGAAUGGCUUCAGCCUCGUCGUUACAAGGCUCAUUUGAUGGGUACCACCUAUGUGUACGAUUUCCCCGAAUUGUUCCGUCAAGCCAUCCAUAACCAAUGGAACGAGGCCAUGAAGUGUGAUUCUACCGUGAAGCCCCCCAGUCAAGUGGUGGAAGCCAAGGAAUUGGUGUUGGAUGAAGAUGGCACUCUUCAAGAGAUUGACCGCGCCCCCGGUACCAACACGGUCGGUAUGGUGGCUUGGUUGUUGACCCUUCGUACGCCCGAAUAUCCUCGCGGUCGUCGCGUUGUGGCGAUUGCCAACGACAUCACUUUCAAGAUUGGUUCGUUUGGUGUGGCUGAAGAUAUGGUCUUCUACAAGGCUUCCGAAUUGGCCCGUCAGUUAGGUUUGCCCCGUGUGUACUUGUCUGCCAACUCGGGUGCUCGCAUUGGUUUGGCCGAAGAACUGAUCAGCCAGUUCCGUGCCGCAUGGAAGGACGUCAACAACCCUUCGGCCGGUUUCAAGUACUUGUACCUGCUGCCCGAAGAAUACCAAGCUUUGCAUCGCAACGGUGAAAGCAAGAGCGUGCUCAUCGAAGAAAUCGAAGAUGAGGGUGAGAAGCGCUGCCGUAUCACUGAUGUCAUUGGUCAAACCGACGGUUUGGGUGUCGAGAAUUUGAGAGGUUCCGGUUUGAUUGCUGGUGCCACUUCGCGUGCUUACGAUGACAUCUUCACCAUCACCUUGGUUACUUGCCGUUCCGUCGGUAUUGGUGCCUACUUGGUGCGUCUUGGUCAACGUACCAUCCAGAACGAAGGCCAGCCCAUCAUUUUAACCGGUGCUCCCGCUUUGAACAAGGUGCUUGGCCGCGAAGUGUAUACUUCCAACUUGCAGCUCGGUGGUACUCAGAUCAUGUACAAGAACGGUGUGUCUCACUUGACGGCCGAAAACGAUUUGGAAGGUAUUGUGAAGAUUGUGCAGUGGUUGUCGUUUGUUCCCGAUGUCCGUGGCAACCCCGUGUCGAUGCGUCUUGGUUUGGAUCCUGUGGAUCGUGAGAUCGAAUACAUGCCUCCCAAGGGUCCUUCCGAUCCUCGCUUCUUCCUUGCCGGUAAGAACGAAAAUGGCAAGUGGUUGAGCGGUUUCUUUGAUCAAGACUCGUUUGUCGAAACCUUGAGUGGUUGGGCUCGUACGGUCGUGGUGGGUCGUGCUCGUCUCGGUGGUAUUCCCAUGGGUGUUGUGGCCGUUGAAACACGUACGGUCGAGAAUAUCAUUCCUGCUGAUCCUGCCAAUACCGAUUCCACCGAACAGGUGUUCAUGGAAGCCGGUGGUGUGUGGUUCCCCAACUCGGCGUACAAGACCGCUCAGGCCAUUAACGAUUUCAACAAGGGUGAACAAUUGCCUCUGAUGAUCUUUGCCAACUGGCGUGGUUUCUCCGGUGGUCAGCGCGAUAUGUACCACGAAGUACUCAAGUACGGUGCCCAGAUCGUCGAUGCGCUCAGCAACUACAAGCAACCCGUGUUCGUGUACGUGAUCCCCAACGGUGAAUUGCGUGGUGGUGCUUGGGUCGUGGUGGAUCCUACCAUCAACCAAGACAUGAUGGAAAUGUAUGCCGACGUCAAUGCUCGUGGUGGUGUGUUGGAACCCGAGGGUAUUGUGGAGAUUAAGUACCGUAAGCCCCAGUUGUUGGCGACCAUGGAACGUUUGGAUACCAAGUAUGCGGAAUUGAAGCACAAGUUGGAAACCGCUCAAUCUGCGGAAGAGAAAGCCGAUGUGAAACGUCAGCUUGAAGCCCGUGAACAGGAAUUGAUGCCCGUCUACCAACAGAUUGCUAUCCAAUUCGCCGAUUUGCACGAUCGCGCUGGUCGCAUGCAGGCCAAGGGCGUCAUCCGACGACCUUUGGAAUGGCGUUGUGCUCGUACCUACUUCUACUGGCGUGUGCGUCGUCGUCUCUUUGAAGAAUAUGCUAUCCGCAAGAUUUCCACUGCUACCAAGGGCCGUAUGCCUCGCGAACAAAUGGUCGAUGUCUUGAAGCAAUGGUUCCUUGCCGACACCAGCAAGAACGACAACGAAGAUGAUCAAGCCGUGGCGGACUGGUUCGAAAAGCGCGCUGAAUUGAUCGAACAACGUAUCAGCAAGAUCCGAAGCGACGCAUUGAAGGAUGAAAUUCUCCUCCUCGGAACCAUGGAUCAAGAUGCUGUCCUCGAAGGCUUCACCAAACUCAUUGAAAACAUGAGCCCUGAUGCUCGCAAAGAAUUGAUGCGCAAACUUGCCACUCGUGUUUAA